AUGAAAAAUUUAAAAGAGAACAUUAAAAGUUGUCAGUCUUUUUAUAUAAGAUAAGAAUAAAUAAAUCUGGAUAUUAAGUUACAAAAUAGGUAGAAAAUUAAAUCUUUGCUUGAAGAAUAAUUUUCAAUAGCAUCAAAGGCUUUCCUCUUGUUUUAUUAAUUAUUGGAGCUGCCAAAUAAAUUUGAACAUAGAAUAGAUUUUUUAAUCAUAACAAUAAAUAGUAAAAAAGUAAAGAGGAUUUAAAAGAGGAAUUAAAAUAAAGAUUAAAGAGUCUUGAAAAGCCAUAAACUUAGUUAUAAGUUAUCCCCACUAUCUGAAAUUAUAAUUGUUUUAAGAUUAUCAUUCAAUAUAUUUUAUUUAUAAUGUGUUCUGCUAUUCACCUUCAUAUAGGGGGAGCUGGAGUUAUGAUAGGGAAUGAACUCUGGAAACUUUAUUAAAAGGAAUAAACAGAGACAAAUAUCUAGAGUUACAUUUACAAAGAAAAUGAUACUAAUAAUUUUCCAUUAACUAUGUUUAUGGAUUUAGAUGAUCGAAUGGUAAACGAAGUCAAAAAGAAUAAAUCCAUAAAUUAUCAAUCUAACUCCUUUGUUACGGGCAGGGAAGAUGCAGCAAGCAACUAUUGUAGGGCACAUUAUACAAUUGGAAAGGAAAUAAUUGAUAAAUGUUUAGAUAAUAUUAGAAAGCAAGUGGAAAGUGUCGACAGAAUAGAUUAAUUCAUUAUUACCUCUGCUUUAAGCGGUGGUACAGGAUCAGGCUUUACUUCUUUGCUUUUGGAAAGAUUAUCAGUUGAGUAUGGAGCUAAGGUAGAGAAAAUUGCAUUCUUAGUUUAUCCAUCUAAAGAAAUAUCUAAUAAUACAGUGGAUGCUUAUAAUGCUGUUUUAGCAACUCAUGGGACAUUAGAACAUUGCGACUCAGUCGUUAUGUUGGAUAAUCAAUCUAUGUAUUAAUCAAUAGAUGUGCAGAUUGGUUUGGAUUAUGUUGAUUAUACUCACUUGAAUAAUUUAGUAUGCUAAAUAAUUAGUUCUUACACUGGGUUAACAAGAUAUAGUAAUAUUGAUGGUAGUAAAUUAUUUACUGGGCUUUGCCCUUAUCCAAGAGUUCAUUUUGUAAUUCCUUCAUAUGGACCGUUAGCCUCUAUUAAUGAUUAUCUCAAUAAAGAAUUAACUGAAAAAUAACUUAUAUCAUAAAUAACAAAAUCAUCUUUAAGGUUGUUUCAAUCAGAAAUAUGUCCCGAACACAUUUGUGCAUCUCUAGUGCAUCGGUCUAAAUAUCCUAAUCAAUUUUUUGGUUAAUAAGAUUCGACUCUUUAAAGGAUGAAAAUCAAACAUUAAGACAGACCUAAUGUGUUUCAAUGUUUAUCUGCAAAUUACACAAUUAUUUCAGAGCUUGCCUAAUUAAAGUAGACUGGUAUAUUUCUUUCAAAUGAUGCUUCUUUGUACAAUUACUUUGAACUCCUUGGUAAGAAGUAUGAUUAUGUUUAUGCUAAAAGAGCAUUUGUUCAUUGGUUUGUAGGAGAAGGUGCUGAAUCAGGGGAGAUGUCAGAAUGUAGAGAAGAUUUAGCUGCUCUUAGCAAAGACUAUGAAGAGUUGACAGAGGGAGCAUUAAAUUUUUGUGAAAUGUUCGAAGAAGACGAUUAAGAAUGA